AUGGAGCUGGAGAACAGCUCGCAGCAGAGGAAGAGGUUGGGCCUCGCGGUCGUGGCAUGCGGCGGUGGUGGACCUCGUUGGCGCUGUCGUGAUGUCGUGAUAUGGAAGCGAUCUGGUUUGAUGCAGGUUCGCUCUAUUAUAUUGAUUUGGCGCAAUGGUAUGCUCACUCACUUACAUCUGAAGCGAAGCUCUCACUCCAAACUUUCGACAAACGCGAGAGGAGCGCGUCUCACUCGCUUGACCUUCCGCUUUUUUAGAUUAGUCAGCCAUACAUCUUUCACCACCAAGGCAGCCCAAGGCCAAUGA